UCUUACAAUCACGCAUUAUACCUUUUCAUAUUCUCUUCAGUAUAGCCAUUGGUAAGUCAUAUUCUCUUCCUAAUCUAAUAAACAUGGAAAAGAGGAGAAGCAGAUCCAUCGUCACUCAAAUGGCGAACUCAGAGAUCGGUAAUCGAGGUGGAAAUGGCAUUAUUUUCCAUCCACGACAACCUGUCAUGUAUUUUAGCCAUUUCAUCCCAUCAUCCAAAUCAGAUAUUGAUAUGAACAACACAAAAUACUUCCACAACCACCUUGAUUUAAGAAAUUUUAAUCAAAUUCAAGUUAAAACACUCAAAGCAGAAUUAUGCGGCAAUCCUCCGUACGACUCAAUACAUGGGAGCCCAUUCAGAGUGAUGAAAGAAGGAGACGAGGAAUACAGACCAGCGUACAUGCCCUUGUUAUGAGAUCUGAAUGGUUACCUACACAAAGGUGCAGGUCAAUUUGUUAAGUGGCUAUGCCUAUAGCGGAGCCCAUUUGCUGAACAAUUGAUUCCACAAGAUGUGGUCCCUAUAUUUUAUUUGCGAUUCGAGAUAAACCCACAUCAAAUAUGCAAGUACACUCUUCUAAUCUCACAAAGGGAAAUUUUCAUGGGAGCUUAUAAUGCUGGUGUUCACGUCAUGGUGAUAAACGACUUCAUUUCAAAAAUAUCAUUCGACAUAUACUCUUGCACAACAAAACGGACUGGGAACAGGUACUAUCGAACAUCUAUACAGUCGGAAAGGGCAAACAAAUUUCCAGGCCAAUUCAAUUUUAAGAGGGGUAGCACUGUAAUAAUAUGGAAUGCGAGAGACGUGCACAUGCCAUCGGUUUCGGAGAAUAUGAAAGUAAUUAUGGACAACUACUCGCCACUGAUGGUGACUAUAACAGAGGCGAGGGUCCGCAAGCCAAUGAUGUAAUUCGUCCGUAAUGAGCUCAAAGGAAAUUACAAAGCAGACGUAUUCGGACCCAACUCAGGGUUGGGUGGGGUGUUCUAUCUAUACGCAACUGGGGCUUCUCCACACUACUCUCACUGGAAACACUCUCUGUAUGGUCACGUUUUGGCCGUCGACGUCAUCCCCAGUAAAGGUCUGAUUGAUAUCGGACCAUCAGAUAUGUCCGCCGAAACUCAGUGACUGUAUUAAAGGUUGAAAAUGGGGUCGACAAGGCAAGAAAAAAACUUGUUCAUCAACAACAGAGUAACCUUUUGGUAAUACUAAUUAAUUUAGUGUAACAGGUGCUUAAUCUGUCGUAAAUUUUCGUAUUAGUUGUUUCUAUGUGUUGUUGAGUACAACUGUCUAACAGUACUGUUCUGUUGUAUGUAUUGGUCAACUGAUUAAACAAUGUAUGUUCGUACCAUGAAAUUAAUUAAGGUGAUGAAUUACAGUCUUUUACAUAUGAAACUAUUGUUAUACAAUUAUUCCGUAUAUAUACAAUUACAGUUGGCAAUAUCUACGCAGCUUUGCUUGUAUUCUUUUAAGAAUAUGAAAAAGCGCCAACAAGUAAACCGCCAAAUCAAAAUUUCAAUUAAUUUUCCACCACUUACAUGAAAUUACAGCCUUUUGGCGCAAAGCUUCAUCCCCUUAAAUCACCCCCCCACUCCUCAGACCAUUUCACAACACUCCUCAGACCGUAAUUCAAAAUUCAUUAAACCAAAAUGAACUACCUAAAAAUAAACGCACACACAAAUCAGACAAGAAAAGCUAAAGGCUUUUGUAUGAGCAAUGAAGGUAGGAAAAAAAUUGUGUUGUUUAGAAAUAGAAUGGUCCCUUUUGUCCUGCUCCAUACCUCGACGCUCACUGUGAAGGUGAAGCCUACACGUCCAGUGGGAGGUUUCCCGGAACAACUUAAGGGGGUAUUAGCCAUUAUACAACCAAUCAAAAAAGGAGAAAAUCACGCAGUUACUAUCCAGUUGGUCACUGCAUCUACUGCAGCUACUUGGAUAGCCAAGGGCCAACGACCGUCUGGUGACCUGUUGCUGCUGAAAAAGAACUCCGUCACACCAGUAAACUUACCAGAUCUGUCUGACUUGGCCCUGCUCCCAUUAGCUUUAAAGAUAGCUAUACAGAAGAAACUCAAAGAAGAAGGGGGUGUCCAAGGAAUCGGGUUAGAACAUGUAAUUCCAGAGUGCGUCGCAAAUAUUGUUGACUCCCCAUCCAUAUUACCAACCGUAAUGGAAACGUGUAAUCUUAACGCUGGAAGGCACAAGAUGGAGAUCAACAGCUACUUAGAUGAUUUGAAUAUUUUCACCACUUCCAGUACGUUACGCCUGAAUGAAGUGUACGCAUGCUGGGAGUUGUUAAGUGGAAACCCACUAGAUGGAAGAAAGGUGACACUUGACUUCAACAUAGUGAAAUGCCAUAACAAUGUUGGAGGUGCUAGGGUAUUGGUUUAGAACUGCAGAGAUGUAUCUAGAUCAUCAUUUCUACCUCAAUUCCAGCACAUGCUACACCUACACAUGCCUGAUCUGGUUGUGUUAACCGAGACAAGGUCAUCUAUUCGUAUGGGCCGUUUCAUUUGUAGCGAGGUGAACAUAUACAAAUCUACCGAAAGAUCGGUGUACGAAAUCAUUGGAGGGGUCUUGUUGGUUAACAUGUCUAAGCUAUUGACCAUUGAGAACUAUCUGGAAGACUACUCAAUGAAUGUUUGGAAUGUCGUAAUAUGAUAGAUUAGUGCUUGUAAGUUCGCUAGUAGUUGUUUCAUCCUAAAAUUUGAUUAGUGUCCUGAAAAUUGUAAUGGCCCAUUCUGAAUGCAAUAUUACAAAGUUUGUAGUCCACCAUGUUGUUCUAUAUUAGAAAUUUUACAAAACUUGAA